UUGUAUUCUGACAUACCAAAAUUCAGUGUUGACUGUUGAGUGAGAAAUGACUACUAGGAAUUUGGAGAAACUUGCAUCAAUUGAUGCACAGUUGAGGCAAUUGGUGCCUGCUAAAGUUUCUGAAGAUGAUAAACUUGUUGAGUAUGAUGCUUUGCUUUUGGAUAGGUUUCUUGAUAUUCUUCAAGAUUUACAUGGGGAGGAUCUCAAAGAAACAGUCCAAGAUUGUUAUGAACUUUCUGCCGAGUAUGAAGCCAAGCAUGAUCCGAAGAAGCUGGAGGAACUUGGCAAUGUGUUGACAAGUUUGGACCCAGGGGAUUCAAUUGUUAUUGCUAAAGCUUUCUCUCACAUGCUUAACUUGGCCAAUUUGGCUGAGGAGGUUCAGAUUGCCUACCGUAGGCGCCAAAAAUUGAAGAAAAAGGGAGAUUUUGGGGAUGAGAGCAAUGCAACAACUGAGUCAGAUAUUGAAGAAACUUUCAAGAAAUUGGUGGGGGACUUGAAGAAGUCCCCUCAAGAAGUUUUUGAUGCUAUCAAGAAUCAGACUGUGGAUCUGGUCCUAACAGCUCAUCCCACUCAAUCUGUACGAAGAUCAUUGCUUCAAAAGCAUGGAAGGAUCCGUGACUGCUUGGCUCAGUUGUAUGCUAAAGACAUUACCCCUGAUGAUAAACAAGAACUUGAUGAGGCUUUACAGAGGGAGAUCCAAGCUGCGUUCCGAACUGAUGAGAUCCGAAGAACUCCUCCUACUCCACAAGAUGAAAUGAGAGCUGGAAUGAGCUAUUUCCAUGAAACAAUUUGGAAGGGUGUACCAAAGUUUCUGCGCCGUGUUGAUACAGCUCUUAAAAACAUAGGGAUUAAUGAACGAGUUCCUUAUAAUGCUCCUCUUAUUCAAUUCUCCUCUUGGAUGGGCGGUGAUCGUGAUGGUAAUCCAAGAGUGACUCCUGAGGUCACAAGAGAUGUUUGCUUAUUGGCCAGAAUGAUGGCAGCUAACUUGUACUAUUCGCAAAUAGAGGACCUCAUGUUUGAGUUAUCUAUGUGGCGCUGCAAUGAAGAGCUUCGUGUGCGAGCAGAUGAUCUCCAAAGGUCUUCAAGGAGAGAUGAAAAACACUACAUAGAAUUUUGGAAGCAAGUUCCUCCAAAUGAACCCUAUCGUGUAAUUCUUGGUGAUGUGAGAGAUAAGUUGUAUCAGACACGCGAGCGUGCUCGCCAACUAUUAGGCCAUGGAUACUCUGAAAUUCCAGAGGAAGCAACUUAUACUAAUAUUGAGCAGUUCUUGGAGCCUCUUGAGCUCUGCUACAGAUCUCUUUGUGCUUGUGGUGAUCUCUCCAUCGCGGAUGGUAGCCUUCUGGAUUUCCUGAGACAAGUUUCUACGUUUGGACUUUCACUUGUGAGACUUGACAUAAGACAAGAGUCGGACCGCCAUACUGAUGUGCUUGAUGCUAUUACGCAACAUUUGGAAAUUGGUUCAUAUCGAGACUGGUCUGAAGAACGUAGACAAGAGUGGCUUCUGUCUGAACUCAGUGGCAAGAGACCUUUAUUUGGACCUGAUCUUCCAAAAACUGAAGAAAUUGCUGAUGUUUUGGAUACGUUCCAUGUCAUAGCCGAACUCCCAGCAGACUGCUUCGGGGCAUACAUCAUCUCAAUGGCCACUGCACCAUCUGAUGUGCUUGCAGUAGAGCUUCUACAGCGUGAAUGCCGAGUGAGGCAACCUUUACGAGUUGUUCCACUUUUUGAGAAGUUGGCUGAUCUGGAUGCUGCUCCUGCAGCCGUUGCACGUCUUUUCUCAAUUGAGUGGUACAGAAACCGGAUUAAUGGCAAGCAAGAAGUGAUGAUUGGAUACUCCGACUCUGGCAAGGAUGCAGGUCGGCUAUCAGCAGCCUGGCAGUUGUAUAAGGCUCAAGAGGAGCUUAUACAAGUCGCCAAGGAGUUUGACGUGAAGCUAACCAUGUUCCACGGUAGAGGUGGUACAGUGGGAAGAGGAGGUGGCCCCGCCCAUCUUGCCAUAUUGUCUCAACCACCCGAAACAAUUCACGGAUCUCUCCGUGUUACAGUUCAGGGUGAGGUUAUUGAGCAGUCUUUUGGGGAAGAACACUUGUGUUUUAGGACACUCCAGCGUUUUACUGCUGCUACACUUGAACAUGGGAUGCAUCCACCAGUCUCUCCAAAACCAGAAUGGCGUGCACUUAUGGACGAAAUUGCAGUUGUUGCUACAGAAAAGUAUCGAUCAAUAGUUUUUAAGGAACCCCGAUUUGUUGAGUAUUUCCGCCUGGCCACACCCGAGUUAGAGUAUGGUCGAAUGAACAUUGGCAGCCGUCCAUCAAAGCGUAAACCCAGCGGAGGCAUAGAAUCACUUAGAGCUAUUCCGUGGAUCUUUGCUUGGACUCAAACUAGAUUCCAUCUUCCAGUCUGGCUCGGCUUUGGAGCAGCAUUUAAGUAUGCCAUUGGAAAGGAUAUCAAAAACCUUCGCAUGCUGCAGGAAAUGUACAAUGCAUGGCCUUUCUUUAGGGUAACUAUUGAUUUGGUUGAGAUGGUGUUCGCCAAAGGAGACCCAGGCAUUGCUGCAUUGUUCGACAAGCUUCUGGUGUCCGAAGAUUUGUGGUCUUUCGGUGAACUUUUGAGGUCAAAGUAUGAGGAGACAAAGAGCCUCCUCCUGCAGAUUGCUGGACACAAGGAUCUUCUGGAGGGUGAUCCAUACUUAAAACAACGACUCAGGUUGCGUGACUCCUACAUCACAACAUUGAAUGUGUGUCAAGCCUACACCCUAAAGCGUAUUCGUGACCCAGACUAUAGUGUCACACCAAGGCCUCACAUUUCCAAGGAAUACAUGGAAGCAAAACCAGCUACAGAACUUGUGAACCUGAACCCGACUAGCGAAUAUGCACCUGGCUUGGAGGACACACUCAUCUUAACCAUGAAAGGUAUUGCUGCUGGAAUGCAGAAUACUGGUUAGUCGUCACCUGGAAUAUGGAAGAUGUUAGUCGUCAAAGAUGUUGACGACUAACAUCAUGAUUACAUUCUUGGCGCAAAGUCCCGAAUAGGGACCAUCAUUGAGCAAACUUGCACAAACAGUGAACUAGAAUCUUAUGUCCCUAUUGUAACUGUAGUAACUCUUGAACACUAAGGAUCCGUUUGGUUUGAUGUGUUAUUAGAUGAAAUAUUGAUGGUAUAAAAUUUGGUAUUUGCUUUAUCCAGUG